AUGCAUCAAACUGUCGAGGGGUGCUCAUCCUCGGGCCCAGGUACAAUGGAAGGAUCACUGACAGAGCAACAGCUCGGCCUCCGACAGGCAGAGGAGCGCCUUUGCAGAGAUUAUAUCCACAGACUUUUAAAACAAUCCCCAGAAUACCCGAAAUAUCAAUACAUAUGCAAGCUGUGUUCUGUUCUGAUUGAACACAUUCAAGCGGCACAUAAACACAUCAAGGAGAAGAGACACAAGAAGAACAUAAUGGAAAAACAGGAGGAGAAUGAACUGCGUGCCCUGCCACCCCCCUCUGCCUUGCAACUAAGAGCUAUCGACAAAGCUGUUAUUGAAGCAGCCAAGCAGCAUGGGAUAUCUGAGGAGGACUUUGAGCAUCGGAAAGACGUGGUUAUGAGGAUGGAGAACCUCAUAAAGAAACACCUCUCAGAUUGCAGUCUAAGUCUCUAUGGUUCUUGUCUUACCCGAUUUGCCUUUAAGACGAGUGACAUCAACAUUGAUGUCCGCCACCCAUCCACAAUGACACAACCGGAAGUCCUGAUUCAAGUGCUUGACAUCCUCAAAAACAGCACUGAAUUUUCAGAGGUUGUGUCGGACUUUCACGCCAAAGUUCCUUCCAUAAUCUGUCGAGAUGUUAAUAGUGGCCUAAUGUGCAAAGUGAGUGCAGGCAAUGAUGUUGCUUGUCUCACAACAAAUCACAUGGCAGCUUUAACUAAAAUGGAACCCAGAUUGGUUCCCCUGGUGCUGGCUUUCCGAUAUUGGGCAAGGCUAUGUCACAUUGACUGUCAGGCUGAGGGUGGCAUCCCCUCGUAUUCCUUUGCUCUCAUGGUCAUCUUCUUCUUGCAGCAGAGAAACAAGCCAGUCCUCCCUGUCUAUCUGGGCCAUUGGAUCGAAGGCUUUGAUGUGAAACGUGUGGAUGAGUAUCAUCUGACAGGAAUUCAGUCAGACAUGUAUGUGCAUUGGGAGCACAGACCUUCUAGCUCUUCAGAUGGACAGGGAGAGAAUCGAAACGAGGCUAGGGUACAAGGCAGAUCAAAACCAGAACGUCGUAAAACUGAUAAAAUUCAGCUUUCACACGGCUUGGCGCGGCUGACAUUUGAAUUGUGUGAAAGUGUGUCACUGGGACAGCUAUGGUUGGAACUCAUCCGUUUCUACACACUUGAGUUUGCAUUGGAAGAGUACACUAUCAGCAUCCGUUUAAAAGAGCAUCUAUCUCGGGAAAUGAAGAACUGGCCUCGUCGCCGGCUCGCUAUUGAAGAUCCUUUUGCCUUGAAGAGGAACGUCGCUCGAAGCUUGAACAGCCAAAUGGUGUUUGAGUACAUACAGGAGCGCUUCCGCACAGCUUAUAAGUACUUUGCCUGCCCACAGAGAAAAGGCAUUCUGGAGCAGAAAAGCAAAAUGGGUGGCAAGUAUGGAUCCAAGUUGUGCCGAGGAGAGAAGGAGGAUACUUCAGUGAGUGCUCUCAAGAUAGAGACUAAAUUAUCUAGGUUAACAGUUGACAGUGUUCAAAUGGCAUUCCGUCCAUCAAAGGAUGAUAGUGCAAUUGUAAGUGACGAUAAAGAAAAUUUAAAUCAAAAGGUUGAGAUGACGCUUGAUGGCAGCCUCAUGGAAAUGGCCCUCAGCAAAGAUAACAAAGUCGCCGAACACCUGUUAAUCCCUUUCCUUUCUGUCAACGGUUUACCGGACGAGGAAGUAAAGAGUGAGGAUGAGGCAAAGUGUUUUUCCAAAAACGAGGGGAUCACAACAGAGGAGCUUCACUACGUCUUUGAUAAGAUGAUUUUUACUGGCGGGAAGCCUCCAAAUGUUGUGUGCAGUAUUUGCAAACGAGAUGGUCACCUGAAGGAUGAGUGCCCAGAUGACUUCAAGAAGAUAGAGUUGAAGGUUCUGCCUCCAAUGGACAGCCAUUUCAGAGAGAUCCUUGAUGGGCUUUGCAAACUUUGCCACUCUGAGCUGGCACCCACACAUGCUGAGCAGCAGAAGAGAGAGCAGAUCCUUGCCAGUCUGGAAAAGUUCAUAAGAAAAGAAUACAAUGAUAAAGCUCAGCUAUGUUUAUUUGGAUCCUCCAAGAAUGGCUUUGGUUUCCAUGACAGUGACCUUGACAUUUGCAUGACUCUAGAAGGCCAUGAGACGGCAGAGAAGCUGAACUGUAAGGACAUCAUUGAAGGCCUUGCUAAAGUGCUAAAAAAGCAUACAGGUCUGAAGAACAUCUUGCCUAUUACAACAGCAAAAGUACCAAUCGUAAAGUUUGAACACAGGCAGAGCGGUCUUGAGGGGGACAUCAGUCUCUACAACACGUUGGCUCAACAUAACACCAGGAUGCUGGCUAUGUAUGCAGCUCUGGAUCAGCGUGUGCAGUUCCUGGGAUAUAUGAUGAAAGUCUUUGCAAAGCGCUGUGACAUUGGAGAUGCAUCCAGAGGAAGUCUAUCAUCAUAUGCCUAUAUCCUGAUGGUGCUUUACUUUCUUCAGCAGAGGCAACCUCCAGUCAUCCCAGUCCUCCAGGAGAUAUUUGAUGGCGCAAGUAUUCCCCAGAGAAUAGUAGAUGGUUGGAAUGCCUACUUCUUCGAUGACCUUGAAGAUCUGCAGCAGCGACAGAAUUUGUCAGGAGGGGAUGUCAACACAGAAUCUGUAGGUGAGCUGUGGUUGGGCCUCCUGCGCUUCUACACUGAAAAGUUCGAUUUCAAGGAGCAUGUCAUCAGCAUCCGCCAAAAGAAACGCCUCACUACCUUUGAAAAACAGUGGACGAGCAAAUGCAUUGCUAUUGAAGAUCCCUUUGAUUUGAACCAUAAUCUUGGUGCUGGAGUUUCUCGGAAAAUGACAAACUUUAUUAUGAAGGCUUUCAUUAAUGGACGAAAGCUGUUUGGAACUCCAUUCUACCCAGUCCAUGGGACUGAAGUGGACUACUUCUUUGAUGCAAAGGUUCUAACAGAUGGCGAGUUGGCCCCAAAUGACAGGUGCUGCAGGAUCUGUGGAAAGAUUGGACAUUAUAUGAAGGACUGUCCCAAGAGACGAAGAAUUAAAAAGAAAGAAAAUGGUGAAGAUGUCAAAGAGGACGACCGGGAGCAAAAAGACAGACGUUGUUUUCAAUGUGGAGACACUGGUCAUGUAAGGAGAGACUGUCCUGAGUAUCGCCAUCUAAAGCAGAGGACUACCGGGACACCAGCUCCUCAUAUGGUACGCUCUCUGGUGAGUUCUAAGUCCAUUACUGGCUCCCAGUUAGUGCCAGACUGCUCUGGAAGAACCAGGCUCCCCUCAGAGAGUUCAGACGGACUCCAAACUCCACCAUAUUCUCCACAGCCCACAGCUGUCUCUCAGAGUUCCCCUCAGUCCUCCAGUUCUCCCAAGCCCUCCCAAAACAAGACAAUUUCUUCAGGUCCCCACCACCAGGGCUCACUCUCCCUUUUCAAAUUUCCUUCAUCCCACUCCGGUCAAUAUCAACUUGGAACACUCGCUGCACUAGGGCCUCUCCCCUCCCACCAGCACAAGUCACACUCAUCUCAGGGUCAGCCUCACAACCCGGCUCACAUCCCUUCCCCCUCCUGGCCCAUCCACGGACCUGUCCGCGUUACAAACACAAGCAACGUCCCCUCGCCGCCCGGCUUGAAAUUCUCUCUUCGUUCGCCAUCGGGAAGCCCCACGAGCAGCCCCAACGCCAUCAACUUGAAUGAUCCCAGUAUCAUAUUCGUACAGCCGGCCGGAAGACCAAUGGGCACUGGUGGACCCGGGCAUGAAGCACACUGGCUCAACCGCUUGACGCAACCUGGCUCGCUAUUGGGAAACGGCACCGUGGUCAAGUCAGAAUUGGACCACACGAGCCAAUUUAUUGGUGUAAACCAGGGUUCUCAUCUAUGGGAGCAUCAUAAAACACACCAAUAUGCACUGUCUCCUCCAUGGCCAUACCGAAUGCCCCAGAAUUUUAUUCAGCAGGGUAGCAGUGGCUACCAACCAGGUUCAGUGGUGCAUCUGCAUCCAAACAUGCCCAUGGUUCCUCACGUCAGGCACCCAGUAAAUCUUAAUUUCAUCCAGCAGAAGAAGUGA